UCAUGCGACUACUGAAGGGGGUUCUGUUGUCUUAUCUGGACUUCAACAGCGUCUACUGUCUACUGUCUCUCAGGAACACCAAGAUCCUGGUGGAGUACUUUAACAUACUCGAUGUGCACAACACCAAUACUCUCAAUGAUGUCCAGUUCGCCCACUUCAUGCGGGAGGUCACGACCUUCGGGGAGAAGGAGAUCAUGAUGACCUUUGACAUGCUGGACUGGAACGCCAGCGGAGUCAUCGGCUUCCAACAGUUCUACAUGCUGGUGUGCAUCCUACUGAGCAGCCAGCAUCGCGUGGAGAAGAACUUCAUCUUCCGUCACUCGCGUCCGGUGUUUGAGCUGCUGGACAUGGAUGGGGGGCGGACCAUCAGCCCCGCAGAGUUCCAUAGCUCCGCCUUCCUCUUCAACCUCAAGCGCCACGCCCUCAGCAAGAUCUUCUACGACUUCGAUGUGACAGGAGACGAGCACCUGAACUAUAAGGAGUUCAAGAUGUUCACCAUGGCGUGUAUCUACAUGCAGGAGGAGCAGAUGAAGGAGCGCAGGCCGGCGUUCAGGAGAUCCUCCAAGCGCAAGUCCAACAUCACCUGAUCCACCAGAGGGAGGCGCUCCACACACACACACACACACACACACACACACACACACACACACACACACACACACACACACACACACACAUCACCUGAUCCACCAGAGGGAGGCGCUCCAC